AUGAAGCUUCAGAACAUCUUUUCGCUCGCCGCUCUAUGCGGCAUCGGCAAAGCGGAUGCCUCCUCCGAAUCCCGCGAGGACAUCAUCGCACACACCAAGCAGGGCCCCGUUCGCGGCAUCCAAGUCCAUGACCGCGUCGAUGCGUUCCUGGGCGUCCCCUACGCGCAGCCGCCCGUGGGCAAGUUGCGUUUCCAACCGCCGCAGCCCCUCAAGGUCACCCGCAUUUCCCAGAGGCGCGGCGAGGCAUUCAAUGCCACCAAGUUCGGCCCUGCGUGCUACCAGUUCAUGUACAACACCAUCUUGGGAGACUCGGGCAAGCCCAGCACGCCCGAGUCCGAGGACUGCCUCACCCUCAACGUCUACGUCCCGAAAAGAUCUGGGAAGACGGAGAAGAAGAAGAAGUUGCCGGUAUAUGUAUGGUCCUAUGGCGGCGGCUUUGGCGAAGGGUCCAACAGCGUGCCGCUGUAUGAUCCCACCGACUUUGUCGCCGAGAGCAAGGAUAUAAUCGUUGUCACUUGGAAGGCAAAGCCGGUGCUAAGUAGCUUCUUCUGUCUGAACAGCUACCGCCUCAACAUUUUCGGCUUCCCCAACUCGCCCGCCCUGCGACACCAGAACCUCGGCAUCCGCGACCAGCGCCUCGCGCUCGAGUGGCUGCGCGACAACCUCGCCUCCUUCGGCGGCGACCCGCGGCGCAUCGUCUUCGGCGGGCAGUCGGCCGGCGCCGACUCGGGCCACUCGAUGGUGUACUCGCACCCGCGAGACCCCAUCAUAUCUGCCUUGCUGCUCCAGAGCGGCACCAUCGAGAUUCUCAACGCGCGCAGUGCCGACGCGGAUUUUGAGUACGUGCGAGUCGCGGGGGUGGUGGGAUGUGCGAACAGCGACCGCGAGAAGGAGCUCGAGUGUAUGAGGACCGUUGAUGCGGACAGGCUGAAGCACGCCAUCACGAAUAGCACGCUCAACAGGUUUGGCUCGCCGUACGGGGGUAUGCCCAUGGCGGACAACGUCACCAUCUUCACCAACGACGAGUAUGCGAAGCGCGGCAAGGCAGGCAACUUUGCUCGUCUGCCGACACUGAUGGGCAUGACGCUCAAUGAGGGAGACGCGGUCACCAACUGGGAUCCGGUAAAGGGCAUCAACAAGACCGUCUCGAGGAUCAUUACGGAAACAUCUUUUGAGUGCAAUACCGCUGCCGAGUCUGGAUACCGAGCUCUGCAUCAUGUCCCAGUGUGGCGAUAUCUGUUCAAGGGAGUUUUCCCAGAAGUCACGACCUACCCUUGGGCGAGAUCGUAUCACGGAGCGGACAUUCCCCUUCUCAUGGGCACGUAUAACCUCAUGGCUAGCAACAAGACGGUGGGCGACAAGAGCUCGACUACGAAAGAAGCCUCCCGCCUCCUGCAACACUUCUUCGCCGCCUUCAUCAAGGACCCGACCCAUGGCCUUGAGAAGAGCUACGGGCUGCCAACUUACCGACCCAAUAGUACCACGCUUGUCGAGCUCUUCAACGAAAACAAGCCGAGCUUGACUCGAGCGAGGGCGACAGACAAUCCCGCCUGCGCUAACCCGACCCCGAUCCCGUGGGACGAGACCAGCUAG